GCCCUUGGGACCCUGCGCUGAGCCCCGGAGGCCCCUGGCACCCGGGGCCGCGCCGCUCCCAAGGGCCUAGCUGGGCGCCGGCCACGCGGACAUGAGGUGGAAGCUGCGCCUACGUGGGGACGCGUUGCUCACGCUGCUUCUGGGCGCUGCCCUCGGCCUCCUGCUCUAUGCGCAGCACGAUGGUGGGGCCCCGACUACCAGAGCACCGCAAGCUCAAGGGAGGGUAGCGCCGGGGCCCACCCCCGGGCUCCGUGUAUUCCAGGCACCAGACGCGGGCGCAGCCCUGCAGGCCUAUGAAGAAGAUACACCAGAGCCACCCACGCCCACGGGACCCUUUGACUUUGGCCGAUACCUGCGUGCCAAGGACCAGCGACGCUUCCCCUUGCUCAUUAACCAGCCGCAAAAGUGCCAAGGUUAUGGUGCACCUGGCGCAGGACCCGACCUACUCAUUGCCGUCAAGUCAGUGGCGGCGGACUUUGAGCGGCGCCAAGCCGUGCGCCAGACUUGGGGGGCUGAGGGUCGCGUGAAGGGGGCGCUCGUGCGCCGAGUGUUCUUGCUGGGCGUGCCCAGGGGCUCAGGCUUAGACCAGGCCCACGCCGAGGGGGCAGGCAAGCAAAUGCGCUGGCGCGCCCUACUGCGUGCUGAGAGCCGCGCCUACUCGGACAUCCUGCUUUGGGCCUUCGACGACACUUUUUUCAACCUAACACUCAAGGAGAUCCACUUUCUGGCCUGGGCCUCAGCCUACUGCCCCGACGUGCGGUUCGUUUUUAAGGGGGACGCCGACGUGUUCAUGCACGUGGGAAAUCUGCUGGAGUUCCUGGCAGCACGGGAUCCGGCGCAGGACCUGCUUGCGGGUGACGUGAUCAUACAAGCGCGGCCAAUCCGGGCACGAGCCAGCAAGUACUACAUUCCCGAAGCUGUGUAUGGCCUGCCCGUCUAUCCGGCAUAUGCUGGUGGAGGCGGCUUCGUGCUUUCGGGGGCCACGCUGCAUCGCCUGGCCAGCGCCUGUGCGCAGGUUGAACUCUUCCCCAUCGACGAUGUCUUUCUGGGCAUGUGCCUGCAGCGCCUUCGGAUCACGCCUGAGCCUCACCCCGCUUUCCGCACCUUUGGCAUCCCUCAGCCUUCAGCUGCGCCACACCUGCGCACCUUCGACCCCUGCUUUUACCGUGAGCUAGUUGUAGUGCAUGGACUAUCGGCCGCUGACAUCUGGCUAAUGUGGCACCUGCUGCACGGCCCACACAGGCCAGCCUGUGCACGUCGGUGGCCUGUUGCCGCUGGCCCCUUUCAGUGGGGCCCCUAAUUUAUCACAGCCCCAAGCUUCCACAUUCAGACCCAGGAUGUAGUGGGAGCUUGAAUGGGAGUUUCCCAGGUGUAUGUGGUUUUUCCCCAAAAAGGGGCAGAAAAGUUCAGGAACCAGCUCGUGUCAGGUGUCUGCUUCCUCAGGGUUCAGGGAAUGAAGAUUGAGCUUGGUUCCUGCCCCCGUACUGGGAGCUGAUCUGGAACUAUGUAAUGACAACCCUUUGAGAUAGCCAGGGCUGAGGUUGAACACCAGGCUCUUUGUCAAGCAGGAGGGCAUGUCUGGUCCUCCUAGAACCAAGCAGGUGGGAGGAGGGGGUGGCAAAGGUUCAUGGAAUCUGACCACACCUUGGUUUGAAACCCUUAGGAUGAUGCAGACACAUACAGGUCUUUCUCAGAGCUAGACCCCUUAGGGAAGUGUGGGGACUUGGCUUCAGUCUUCACAGAACUAGCAGAUGUUAAAACUCAAUCUGAAAGGCAUUUUGCUUCCUACCUGUCCCUCCAAAUUGGAUUAUCAGCCUUGUCAAGGUCUUCAGAUCUCCUUUUGAGAAGCCACCCCCUCCUGGGCCCUGGUUUGGCUGCAACACAAGGAAUCGAGGCACAUAGGGAUGACCAAGUGCAUGGUACUACCUAAAGUCUUUCCCAUCCCCAACUACCCUUAGCACAAGAACCUAUACCCACACAACUAUGACCAUCUCCUACUGGAGGCUAUACUGCCCCUCAGAAGGGACAAGGAACCUCUUCUCCUAAGAUGAUUCCACUAUACAUUUUCCCAUAGUCUUAAAAAAAAAAAAAAAAAAAAUCAAUGUCUCCAUGCUUACUUUAGUACAAACAUCCCAGCAACAGCACAUGGUGAGCUGUUGCUGAGGGGAUAGGUCUUUAUUGGAGGAGAGGUAUGGGCAGGACAUGAGGAAGGUUCCCCCAUUCCAGGAGGAUGAGAUCAGUCCUGGCUGCCCCAAUAGUGGGGAUGUGCGGGGAGGGGUUGGGGGUGUCUCUGGCCAGGCCACAGUCCAAAUGGGAAGACACCAGUCAGUCACAAAAUCACGAGAGUGCCACACAAGCCUGGAUGUAGGCCCAGGAAUCAUAUAGGAGCCUGGGGCAGGUCCCCUGCACAUUCAUCGUUAAACUAUACAGGAUGAGGCUGUACAUGAGUUAAUUACAAAAGUCAUAUUUACAAAAAUCUGUACACACAUUUGAAAAACUCACAAAAUUGUCAUCUAUGUAUCACAAGUUGCUAGACCAAAAUAUUAAAAAUGGGAUAAAAUUA